AUGACGCCGCGGCAGGAUGACUCCAAGGAAGAUGGUGAAUCCAACCGGCUGCUACCUUCAGCCUCUCCUUCAUCGGAUGGGGAAGAAUCCGAGGAGGCCGCGUUCGAGGCGUGGGAGAAAAUCGCUAUUGUAGAUAUGGAGAAAAUCCCCGGAUCGGUCGACGGCCUCCCGUUGGAUUACGUCCCGCCAUUCUCAUGGAAGAAACUCUGGCUGUUCACAGGGCCAGGGUUUUUGAUGAGCAUAGCAUUUCUAGAUCCGGGGAAUCUAGAAGGGGAUCUUCAGGCAGGUGCGAUCGCCGGCUACUCGCUUCUGUGGCUGCUGAUGUGGGCCACCGCCAUGGGCCUGCUCAUCCAGCUUCUAUCAGUUUGGGUCGGUGUCGCCACCGGGCGGCACCUGGAGGAGCUCUGCCAUGACGAGUACCCUAAUUGGGCUAGGUUGAUACUCUGGUUCAUGGCGGAGGUGGCCCUGAUUGGCGCCGAUAUUCAGGGGGUUAUAGGUAGUGCCAUAGCUAUUCAGAUUUUGAGCCGUGGGGUUCUGCCUCUCUGGGCUGGAGUUUUGAUCACUGCUUCAGAUUGGCAAAGUUCGGGAGGCAUUGAAUCGUCAAUUGCUCUUCUGGUAUCUUUCGUGAUCAAUCUGUUUGCCACAACUUUAUUCGCCAAGGGAUUCUAUGGCACCAAACAGGCCAACAACAUAGGGCUGGUGAAUGCUGGGCAGUAUCUUCAAGAGAAGUAUGGUGGUGGAGUUUUCCCAAUUCUUUACAUUUGGGGUAUUGGGUUAUUGGCGGCUGGACAAAGCAGUACAAUAACUGGCACAUAUGCCGGCCAGUUUAUAAUGGGAGGCUUCCUUAACCCUCAUUUGAAGAAAUGGCUAAGGGCGCUGAUAACAAGAAGCUUUGCGAUUGUACCUACCAUAAUAGUUGCUCUGGUGUUCAAUAAAUCAGAAGCCUCUUUAGAUGUCUUGAAUGAAUGGUUGAAUGUGCUUUUUGCUCUUAUCCCUCUUCUUACCUUGGUUGCUAAAGAGCAGGUCAUGGGAGUCUCCAAAGUUGGCCCAGUUAUAGAGAGGAUGGCAUGGACGGUAGCUCUAGUGGUGAUGUUGAUCAAUGGGUAUCUAAUGAUUGAUUUCUUUGCAUCUGAAGUAAAGGGCUUGCUGUUUGGGCUUCUGGCAUGCGGUGGAACAGUUGCAUACCUAUCAUUCAUCGUUUACCUUGCUUCACAUGGUGGAGUUUUUGCCUCUAGGUCUUCGUCAUACGGGAUAGAACUGUCCAAGCAGAAUUCCAUAGAUGGGAAUUAA